AUGAAAGUUGUCAUUCACCUGCUCUCCCAGGGCGUCUGCGUGGUCGGCUUUAUCGGCGUUACCGGAGACAUCAGCGACGAUUCCGUGCAGGACCGCGCUGUCGGCGUAGCACGCUCCCUGGGCGAUAUCGUCGGGAUUGUCAACAAUGCCGCGAUAGUGAACAAGGGCAACGUCAUUAACGUUACUACUUCGUCGACCAGCCAGGCGCCCGUGCCGGCAUUCGGCCCGUAUGGAGUUACCAAGGUGUCGCUGAACUAUGUUUCAAAGGCCAUCAGCGUCGAGUACCCUGAGAUUACCUGUCUGGCGUUCUAUCCGGGCGUCGUGGACACGAAUAUGAACCAGGAUGCAAUUGAUGCGAAGCUUGCUCACCCCAUCUCAGCCGACCUGCCGGGCCGCAUUAUCGCCAAUCUGGCUCUGCGGGCCAGCCACGAGCUCACCGGCCAAUACUACGUGUACAGCGACAGCGCCAUGGCACCAUACAGCACCUAA